UUGUAUACGACACUACGUUAAAGCUUACACAAACAUACUUUCCACAUAGAUACGAAUGUUGCGCACAGUGGCCCAGGCUGACAGCUGGAAGAACGUGAAACAGGAGUGGCAGAUCAUGUAAGGAUACUUUAGUCACAGAGUGAAACUUGACAAUUCACGAGCAGACGCGCUGCUAAGAAUACAUUAGAAGAGUUGACAGGAUAGGCAGAAGAAGGCAGAGCAGCGGGGGCGGGGGUGGGAGAACAAGAGGCGGUAUGACACGACCCCCCAAUAAUGACAACCUUAUGACCUUCAAAUUGGUCGUGGUUGGAGAUGGAGGUGUUGGAAAGAGCGCGCUUACCAUACAGUUCUUUCAAAAGUUAUUUGUCACUGACUAUGAUCCUACCAUCGAGGACAGUUACAUUCAACAUACAGAGGUAGACAAACAGUGGUGCAUCUUAGAUGUGCUAGAUACUGCUGGUCAAGAAGAAUUCAGUGCCAUGCGUGAACAAUACAUGCGCAAGGGUGAUGGGUUUCUGUUAGUAUACUCUGUGACUGAUAAACAAUCUUACGAGAAUAUCAUGAAUUUUUAUACCCAAAUACUUAGGGUAAAGGAUAGAGACGUAUACCCUAUGCUUUUGGUAGCCAAUAAAGUUGACUUGGUACAUUUGAGAAAGGUUACAGAGGAACAGGGAAGGGAGUUGGCUCAUCGAUUGGGUAUACCUUAUAUUGAAACCUCUGCCAAAGACCCGCCAUUAAAUGUAGAUGCAGCAUUCCACGAGGUCGUUCGUAUUAUCAGAAAUCAGCCUCCAGCCGAGUUGGAAAAAAAUCGGAGGAAACGAAGACGUUCGGGGAAAUGUAAUCUUUUAUAAAGCUCGAAACUAUCGAGCGAGUAUUGGGAUUGCGUAAUGAUUGCGCACUACCUUUUAAAAGGGUCACUUUUUUUUUUUUUCGAAAAAGUGAAACGCACCUGCCAAAAAAGAAACAAAAAUAUGAAAAAGUGGGUCUUCUGUCCUCCAUCGUAUAUAGGUACAUAUGAUUCGUACAUUUUCCUUUUUUCGUCGAUUCACGUGUGAGUUGGUAGUAUUAUUAAGCAUCGAUCCCACCCUUGUAAAAUAAGUGUACAAAACAGUAACGAUAAGAGAUGCAUCGAUCGAAAGAAAAACAAUGCUAUAUGUAUCUCCGAGACGCAACUAGAUUUUUUAAAAAAUCAAUUCAGCAUUAGUUUAAGACUUAAAAAAAUCGAAAAAAUU